AUGAACUGUGGUUCGUUUGCCCCCCUCCCUCCCGCUCUCCCUGCCCCCACCUCCCAUGCUCGCGUGCUUGUGCUGCUGUGCCGCAGAGGGGUAGUCACAGGGCGGCACAGAGACAGCGAGGGGAGUGGGGGGGAGGGCGAUGAGGCAGGUGGGGGUGGGCGCAAGGUGCGGCAGCAGGUGACAGAGAGAGACCUGUUUGGAGAGUCCAGCGAGGAGGAGGAGGACGAGGAGGGGAGGGAUGCGGGCAGGAAGCAGAGGAAGGCCAGCCGCUCGCCCCAAGGCACUCCCCUGGCGCACUCCUCUUGCCUCUCUGAAUGUGAAUGGUUUAAAAGGCCGAUGUUACAAUUUCGCACCACACCAUCUGCCAACGCAUGCUGUUGUCGCAUCGUCACUCACACAUGCCUUGCCUUCUCCGCUCCUGCUAACCACCUUCCUUCCGCUUUCCUCACACAGCAGAGGCAUGAGUACGAGCCGGAGGAAGCAGGGGGACGAGAGGCACUCCGAAAGUCGGUGCUGUGGCUGAUGCAAUUUCGCAGCACAGCACCGACAACUCCCCACGCACGUUGCCGUGGCAUCUUCUCAUGCCUUCUCUGCCCCUGUUAUCCCCCACUGUUCCCCCUCUUUUCCACUUUCCACCCCUUCCCCUCGUCUCAAUCAGCAGCGGCAUGGCAGCGGCAUGGGUAUGAGUCGGAGGAGGGGGAGCAGAGGCACGAGAGGGGCGGCUAUGACGAGGAGGGGCGGUGGGAUGAGGAGGGCGGGGAGCGGCGGAGGGCGAGAGAGCGACCCAAGGGGCCUCCCUUGGACCUCGACCUCUCUCUCUUUGACCCCCCUGCUCCACCCGACAAGAUGGUGAUGGUGAUGGCUAGCAACAUAGUGGGCAUUCAAGCAGCCCCAUUCGACCCUGACACGUACGAGGAGGGCGGCCCACAGAACCUCAUUCGCUGGCGCCACGUGCGCCGCCCCGAUGGCACCAUGGGGGUGGAGAGCAACGCGCGCAUGGUGAGGUGGUCAGACGGCUCGUUGCAUCUGCUGCUGGGCGCUGAGGUGCUGGCCGCAGACAUCAAGAGCAUGCAGCAUGAUAAGGCGCACCUCUUUGUUCGCCACCCCAAGCAAGGGGUGGUGCAGGGGCAGGGACAGCUAUUAGAGAAGAUGCGGUUCCGCCCAUUCGACACGCACAGCCUGAUUCACAAGAAGCUGACGCUGGGGCUGGACUCAAAGUACCGCAAGGGCAAGGAGCUCAAGAGCAUCGUCACCACUGGCGACCCCGAGAAGGAGAAGGAGGAGCGCGAGCGGAGCAUUCAGCAGCAGAUUCGCACCAAGGAGACUCUAAGGCAGGAGCAGGAGAAGCGAGCGCGGAAAUACUCCAACCAGCCGCAGCAGCGUGCCGCACGCGACCGCGAGCAGCAGCGAUACGGGGGGGGGUACCGGCAACAGGUGUGUGGAGUGCCGACAGGUGCAGUCUCAUUCUUGCACCUCUCUCUCUCCCUCGCCCUGCUGCCCGACCCCUCUACUCCUCCCUGCUGCCCAACCCCUUCAUUCCUCCCUGCUGCCCAACCCCUUCAUUCCUCCCUGCUGCCCAACCCCUUCAUUCCUCCCUGCUGCCCAACGCCUUCACUUCUCUCUGCAAUUUGUACCUUAUACGGCCACUGGAGUGCAUGUUCCUUCCAUGCAACACUUUUGAGCCCACCCCCUCUUAAAUCCUGCCUCCCCCACCAGCCCUCUCCCUCUCACGGCCAUCGCCCCGCCAAGGCUGCCAGUCCUCAGGCAGAGGAGGCUGCCAGUCCUCAGCCUUUCUGGUGUGCCAUCAGUACCCUCCAAGUCCUCAUCGUCCCUCCUUUCCCCACUCCCUACCCCCUCUUUCAUCCCAGCUCCCACACCAGCCCUCUCCCUCCUAUGACCAUCGCCCCUCCUAUAGACCCUCUCCCCCUUGCCUCUUUCAUCCUGCCUGCGCCCUCCCCUCCCCCCACCAGCGUUCGCCCUCCUACGACCAUCGGCCCGCCAAGGCUGCAAAGGCUUCAGGCAGAGGAGGCCGGUAUAGUGAUGAGGAGGAGUCUGAAGGGGACAGGGGGCGAGGGGGGUAUGAUGAGGGCCGGGGGGGCAGGGGCAGGAGAUUGGAGGAGUCUGAUGAUGAGGGGUAUGGGCGGAGAGGUGGGGAGAGGGGGCGGGGAGGGGGGGAGGAACAGGGGGGGGAUGAGGAGGAUUGGAUGGAGGAGCGGGAGGAGAGCAGGAAGGCUGCAGCGUGGCGGCGGAAGAGAGUGGUGGAGAGCGAUGAGGAUGAGUAGGUGGUAUGGGUUGGGGGAUGCCGUGCCAGGUGGCAUGGCAGGUGCCAUGGCAGGUGGCAUGGCAGGUGGCAUGGCAGGUGGCAUGGCAGGUGCCAUGGCAGGUGCCAUGGCAGGUGCCAUGGCAGGUGGCGUGCGAGGUGGGGCAGUUGAGGAAGAGAGUAGUGGAGAGCAAUGA